GAAAUCAACCAUCACACAAACACAAUUUCUUUCUUUUUUUAUUCUUCCUUUUCCUUUCCUUGGCACACAUUGAUAUUUGAUUGUGUGAAAAUUUGAGAUAUGGCUGCAGAAGAAGAGUCCAACUCUUUGCAGUAUACACCAACCUGGGUGGUUGCUGUUGUUUGUUUUUUCUUUGUUCUCAUAUCCCUUGUUGCUGAACGAGCUCUUCAUCACCUUGGGAAGUUCUUAAAGCACAAGCAGCAAGAUGCACUAUUUGAGGCAUUGCAAAAAUUGAAAGAAGAACUCAUGCUAUUAGGAUUCAUUUCCCUUCUAUUAACUGUCUUUCAAGGUCUAGUGAGUGAAAUGUGCAUCCCUACUUAUUACGUAUCCACGGUAUUGCUUCCAUGCAAGAAGCAUAGUGAAGGCAAAACUCCCGAAAAGCAUUUUCCUCGAGAUAUAAACCACAGGCGGCGCCUGUUUUCCACUGAGGCUGCGUCUGAUCAUUGUUCUCGUGAGGGGAAGGUCCCCUUAUUGUCAUUGGAAGCAUUACAUCAGCUGCACAUUUUCAUCUUUGUAUUGGCAGUUGUUCACGUUAUAUAUUGCCUCAUAACAAUGGUUCUUGGAGGAGCAAGGAUACGGCAAUGGAAACAAUGGGAAAACGAGAUUCAAGGACACCUAAAUGAUAGGCAUGUGGAUGAGCACCAUACGUCUUUCGUGCAACAUGCACAAGGUUGGAGAAAGACGGCAAUUUUGAGCUGGACUAUGUCAUUCUUCAAGCAGUUUCAUGGCUCUGUUACUAAAUCAGACUACACAGCACUUCGAGAGGGGUUUAUCAGAGAACAUUGCCCUAGCAAUCCUAGAUAUAAUUUUCACGAUUAUAUAAUGCGAACACUCCAAGUGGAUUUCAAAAAGGUUGUUGGCAUAAGCUGGUACCUGUGGCUAUUUGUGGUGAUAUUUUUGUUAUUGAAUGUGAAAGGAUGGAAUACAUAUUUUUGGUUAUCAUUUCUCCCUGUUGUUCUUCUACUUAUCGUGGGCACUAAGUUGGAGCACAUAAUCAUUCGCUUAGCUCAAGAAAUGAGUGAAAUGAAGGAACGAGGCGAAACGGCACAAGUUAAACCUUCCGACGAACAUUUUUGGUUUAAGAAUCCCAGGAUCGUUUUUUUCUUGAUUCACUUCAUCUUAUUUCAAAACGCAUUUGAACUUGCUUUCUUCUUCUGGAUCUUGUGCACAUAUGGAUUCCAUUCAUGCAUCAUGGAAAAACUGGGCUAUAUUAUCACUAGACUUAUAAUGGGCGUAAUCGUUCAAGUUCUGUGCAGCUACAUCACCUUGCCUCUGUAUGUUCUAGUUACACAGAUGGGCAGCUGCUUCAAGGAAGGGAUAUUUAAAGAGCAUAUUCAUUCAACCUUGACAACUUGGAGGUCAGGACCCAGAGAUCAAGGAAGCAGGAGGGGGUCCUCCGCCCCAAAUUCAGCAACAAAAACUGAUAGGCUACACAAAGAACCUUAUGAAACCUUACAAAUUGUGGAGCAACAACCUAUGUGUACCUCCAUACAAACACUACAAAAUUCAGGAUAAUUUUUUGGCACACGCUAAUAAUUUUAACUUUACAAAUAAAUUAAGAUUUUAUAUAGUAAUAAAUUUAAAAAUUUUCAAUCAA